GUACAGCGUUGUCUCGUGGACCUCAUCACCAAGCCAGCAGCGGCCUCCUUGUCGCAGAUUCGCCGUUGGGCUGGCCUGCCAAACGAAGGGCCUUUGAUCGACUGUGCCUGGAUCUUUGACAACGCACCCGAACUGCCAGCGCCGCUGAUCCACGCAACUGAGUUU